AUGGCCGACACCAUCCCGGCGCCUCUCCGCGAGCGCCUGCGCACCAUGGCCUUUAACGCUUCCGACGCCCGCGACGCCAUCAGGGGCCUCGCUGUCCCGGACGCCCUCGGCCGCCGGACAAUGCGCCUCUGCGUCAUCCGCGGCCUCCGCUAUCACGCCGUCUUUGCCCAGAGUCCGCGGGCGCAGGCGCUGCGUGUCUGGCCUGAGUUUGCGCGCGCUCUGCACGCGCGUGCCGUUAUGAGCAACAGCAUCCCGGAUAUCCGUGGCGACGACGAGGUGCCGUACUGCAUCUGGCACCCGGACACGGCCACCGAGGACACGUAUCGCGAGCUGGCGCGGCGGUACCCGUACAUGGCCUACCAGGUCGCGCGCGCCUGUGCGGUGGCCGGAUACAGUAAUCUCUACCAGGAGCUGCAGGAUGACGGCAGUGUAUUGCCAGACGUGGCCGUGGCCGAGGAGGCGAGGGCAUGUGGCAGCCAAGACAUUUACACGGCCAUUACGAGUCAGCCUAUCAGGUACCGUGUCAUGGACGACUACAGCCGGUCUAUUUUGGCGGAUCCGCAGCCCUCUGGCCUCAACGGGGACACGGCUGUCCGGCCCAUGCUUGAGGUGAAGCAGAAGUUUCAAGUUCCAAGAGGCGGCGAGGGUCGUGUUCUCAGUGUCGACGGUGACCAAGACUCUGAUGAUGACUCUGAUGACGACUUCUUUAGCAUGAUACCCGAUCCUGGCUUCAAAGAAACCAUGUUCAACAUCACCGAGGACAUGAACAUUGACGAGUUUGCCACGCCCGAGCCCGACGAUACCGCAGACCUUGCCAUGGCCGCGUACCUUGCCAAGCCACUGCCGCGAGACCUACCCAUGGGCAACAAGGACAUACUGAUUCUAGCUGCCGCCUACACCGGCAACAUAGAUCGGUACGCCCGCCUGCGCCGGCCCCUCAUGGUCGACCAGGAAGCCGGCUGCGUCGUGCGCGGCAUCUACCACAACCCCUUAUUCGCAUCCUGGUGGGCAAUCGAGCCGCCCCCCGCCCGACACGCCGCCUGGAUCGCAAAGGCCAUCCACGCGCGCAUGAUUAUGAGCAACGACCUCAGCCGCCUCACGCCCGAUGUGCCGCGGGAGCACCUGCCGUACCUCAUCUGGUACCCCGCCGUGGCGCGGGCCAGCACGUACCGAGAAGUCGCGCGGCGGUGUCCCGCGAUGCGGCCGGCGGUGCUGCGCGCAACCAUCUACGCCAAGGACCGGGCGCUGUUUGACGAGCUGCUGGGCGCGGUAGAGCCGGACCCGUACCUCUUAGGCGAGGCGCGAGCGCAUGAUGACGUCGAUGACGCGGACGGCGAGGUGCGGCCGUCGUACUAUACAAGACGUCUACUGGCACGAGCCGAGACGCUGGGACUAGCGGAGGAGAUCAGCGACAUGCAAAACGACCGCUGGGGUAGGGACGAGUGGAAGCGGUUCAGCGUGAGGAGUGGCGGGCAGCUCGGCAUGCCGGAGAGCGGCAACUGGCUAUUUGACGGGCCGGGCAUUGUGGGUGCGGCUCAGGAUCCGGGUAUUUACAAUGGAGUGUGGGCGGACGCUUCAAUUGCUGAGCUGUUUGCGUCGGCACCGGAGACCUGGCGGCCGAAGAAGGGAGGUGUAGAGCUUGACUACACGGAGUGGCCGCAAUGA